ACCCAGUAGAUAGGUAUUCAUCAAAAGCAAGAUUGAAUUCCAGAUCUAAGCAAAUACAGUUAAAUAUCUCAGAGGGUUCUACGUUUCCAAAAAAGCUAAGAAGACAAUGGAUAAGAUGAGCUACAACGCCGGUGUGGCCAAGGGCCAAACUCAGGAGAAGGCCAGCACCAUGAUGGACAAGGCCGGGAAUGUUGCACAGUCCACCAAGGAAUCGAUACAGAAUGCUGGCCAAGUGGAUAACUCGCAGAAGAUGAGCUACCACGCUGGGGAGGCCAAGGGCCAAACUCAGGAGAAGGCCAGCACCAUGAUGGACAAGGCCGGGAAUGUUGGACAGUACGCCAAGGAAUCGAUGCAGAAUGCUGGCCAAGCUAUUCAGAAAACGGCUGCGGGAGCUGCUGACGCCGUCAAGAAUGCUACUGGCAUGAACAAGUGAUUGAGGCUAGCUGAUAUGAUGGCCUCUAUGUUUAUGUUUAAGCCUUUUUAGUCUUUUUUUUUUUAUAAAGAAGAGAAGCUCGAUCUCGUCUUUUUUUACCACAUCGUGG